GGUGCGCAGUGGAGGCGGAGUGUGAACGGGAGGUUUGUUCAGCCAUGUUAGUUUUCUCUCACAAACGAUGUGAGAGUGUGGAGCUAUGGCCUUGUCAAUGAGCGGAGACGACGAGGAAUAUGAUUCAGAGUCUGAGCAGCAGAGGACAGCCAGUCGUCCAAAGCCCAAGAUGGCAGCAGUGGCAGCAUCAGCGACACCGGCCGUUAAACUGCCGUCAAGUCGGAGCACGUCCGGAGCCCGCCGCCGGAGGACAAGAUGCAGGCGUUGUGAGGCGUGCCUCCGGACCGAGUGUGGAGAGUGCCACUUCUGUAAAGAUAUGAAGAAGUUCGGAGGUCCUGGACGCAUGAAGCAGUCCUGCAUUAUGAGGCAGUGCAUUGCUCCUGUCCUGCCGCACACUGCCGUCUGUGUGGUGUGUAAAGAGGCUGGGAAGGAGGAUACAGUGGAGGACGAGGAGGACAAAUUUAACUUCAUGCUAAUGGAAUGCUCUAUCUGCAAUGAGAUUGUCCAUCCGAACUGCCUCAAGGUUAGCGAUGCCACUGGUGUUGUAAAUGAUGAACUGCCAAAUUGCUGGGAGUGUCCUAAAUGCAACCAUGCAGGCAAGAGCGGAAAAGCAUUGAAGCAAAAACGAGGUCCGGGGUUCAAGUAUGCGUCCAAUCUGCCCGGCUCUUUACUGAGGGAGCAGAAACCUGGGAGGGAGGAGGCCGACUGCUCAUCAGGUAAAAGGAGAGUAGAGCGGGAUGAGACCCCAAGGUACGAGCCCCUGCACAGACAGCCCCCACUGCUCACGCCCAGUGGCCUCAGCAAACCCCGCCCUGAGGACAAACUGAGGAAGAAACGCAAACUGUUUGAAGAUGAUGAUGACGACAUGGGUGGAAGGAAACGGAUAAAGGCUGAGGUGGAAGAUGAUGAUGUAGAGGAUGGUGAUGGAAGGGAGCAUCACUAUCGCAGUUAUGAAAGGAGAAGUCGUUUAGGAGACACUGAGGAGGAAGUGGAUGACAAGGACUCAAGGAGUGAACUUUCCUUUCCUUUCCUUAAGACUCCUGUUGCCGACAGCGAUCAGUCGCUGUGCAGCUCCCCACAGGCUGGUCCCAGCAGUGAAGGAGGAAGCGAGACACAGGAAAGAGGGCCGCGCCCAAAAGCUAGACGCAAGAAGCGAUUACCCAAUAGAGAGCUGAGCCGGGAGCUGAGUAAGGCCCUAAACCAUGAAAUACAAAAAUCUGAAGACUGCUUAGCAAAUGAAAACAGACAACCUCUCAAAUCCGAGCCAGAAAGUGAGAACGAAGAACCGAAAAAGUUAUUCCGAAAUGGCAGCGACAUAGGUGAACAGAGGGCCCACCUAAAGGCCAAAGAGAUGAACGGAACGGCCUGGGAGCUCCGCCACUUCUACCCCAAUCAGAUCACGCCCCUGGGCUUUAACAGGAGCACCCCAACCACUAGGCCAGUCCCUCCCCGCUCUCCACCCAAGUGUGUCCAGAUGGAGAGGCAUGUCAUUCGGCCUCCUCCUAUAAGCCCCCCUCCUGACAGGCUGCCUUUGAAAGAUGGGAAAACUCAUAUAAUACAAAGGGAGGUCUGGAUGAAGAUUUUCGGCUAUCUGUCCCACCAGGAGCUCUGCGUGUGCAUGAGAGUGUGCAAAACCUGGAAUCGAUGGUGCUGUGAUAAAAGUCUUUGGAAAAAGAUUGAUCUAAAUCGCCGUACUUCCAUCACUCCUCUCAUGUUGAGUGGCAUUAUCCGCCGACAGCCACAGUCUUUGGACCUCAGUUGGACCAAUAUUUCCAAGAAACAACUGUGCUGGUUGAUCAACAGGUUACCAGGUCUGAGAGUGCUCAAGUUGUCUGGAUGUUCUUGGGCUGCUGUGUCUGCCCUCUGUACCGCCACUUGUCCUCUCCUGCGCACUCUGGAUGUCCAGUGGGUGGAAGGGCUCAAAGACGCACAGAUGAGGGACCUCCUCUCACCCCCUACAGACAACAGACCAGGUCAGUUGGAUAAUCGGUGCAAACUUCGUAAUGUGGAGGACCUGCGUCUAGCGGGACUGGACAUCACAGACACGUCUCUGCGUAUGAUCAGUCGACAGAUGCCAUAUUUGUCCAGGCUGGACCUGAGCUACUGCAACCACAUCAACGACCAGUCAGUGAACUUGCUGACAGCGGCUGGGACCACUACACGGGACUCCCUCACAGAAAUCAACCUCUCAGUAUGUAAUCGAGUUACAGACCACUCCUUAACCUUCUUCAAGCGCUGUGGCAGCAUCUGUCAGAUCGACCUCCGGUUCUGUAAGCAGGUGACAAAGACUGCAUGUGAGCGGUUUAUCGCAGAAAUGUCCGUGAGUGUCCCCUUCAGGCUGACAGAGGAAAAACUCCUACAGAAGACAAGCUAGUCUUUUGCAAAAAUCUGCAAAUAAAAAUAAAUGUUUCCAUGCACUUAAUGAAGAGCUUUCCUCUUUAACAGACUGUGACAUAAUAGUAAUGCGAUCUAAGCUCACUAAUUAUCUUGUAAAUAGACAGCAAAGGUUUGCAUGUUUGAGUUGGAGUCAUUUUAUAAAGAUGUGCUUUACCAGUUGUUUUUUAAUAUUAGAAACAGUAUUUUUAUACAAGCAACAUUUCAUGAGUUUACAUAAUUUCCUACAUCCACUCAGGAGUUAUAUUUCAUUAUGACUUGCAAAGCAUGUGAGAAUUUUCUUGGCCUCAACACUACACUGUCAGCUGUGUGCCAUAACUUGUGUUCAAACAUAGGUGUAACCUUUGUAACAGAAAAUAAAUGUACAGUGAUGCAUCUAAAUUAUCAAAUGGUGUAUGAAUAAGAAUGUAUGUUGGUCCUCAAAUGCCAUGUUACACUAAACUCUAUUGGACAUUAAUUUAUUGUUUUUUUUAUAAUAUAAAAUGGUUUAUAUUUAUUCUGUAACUCGAUAUAGCAGUCUGAGUUUGGUCAUGUUUUUAAAUGUUUAAUCAGGUUCAUUUGAGUUGAUGGUAGUAUCCAUGACCCUCUCAGUUGGUUUUCCUUUUGAGUCUGUUUCUUCGAGGGGACAAGGGACAGUAUCCAGUAGUGUGUUGUUGUAGUUGGGGAAAUGCUGUUUUGCCUCAAUCACCUCAGGUCAAUGUAAUGUUUAUAUUCAAGACUAAAUGCUAAAAAUGCAUUAAAAGAUUUUCAUUUGUACUAUA